UUUGGUCAGUAGCCUUGUGCAAGCGGUAGCGUUCACAUCGCGGCUAGGAAAUUUAGGAAGAUAUUUCUUCCCUAGUGUUUGGUGAUAGAUUCUGAGUAAGUCUAUCUCAGUGUGUUUCUUGGCACUUAGUCUCUCCACUGUGCUUGUGUUUAUUAAAUUUAUUUAUUGAGUAGAUGUACAUAGUGUUGUUCAAGCAGUUUAGCGAAUUAUAAUUCGACGGAAUCUUUAAUUAAAGUUCUAAUCGAGUAGAUAUAGUGUGCCAGUUAAAAAAAUUUAAAUUUAUCCACAUCGAUAAAAUUGAAAAAAAAUUAGGUGGACUAAAUGCAAACAAGUUUCAAGGUGAUUCAUUCGCCGAACAGGAAAGUACAUUUAAUGAGUUAACUUUUUCUCUUGCCUAUUUGUACCGUGCGGCGGAAAUAUUUUAACACUCCAAGUUGAAGCUCGGAACCGUGAAGCAUGUGAAGGUGUAGGGAAGCAAGUUGAAACUUUUGCUAUAUUUAGUGUUAAGUGCAGUUGUUUCGUGAUAGCCGUGAUUUGUUGAGAUUUUGUUGAAUUGAAAGAGAAGCCACCGUACAUAAGAUUGGAUACUUUAUCAGCCGGAUGUAACGAAUGCACCAAGGAUCCAAAUUCCAUUGAUAGCCAAUCGACCCGCCAUCGAGUGCCGUAUUGACACUGAAUGUCACCAGUGGUUACGAUAAAGUGUCUCCUCUUGGCAAUAACAGCAUCAACCCCCGGCAGCAGUGGCCGAUUGCCUUCCGUAGCGUCCGACCGAUCGAGACCAGUGGAGAGUGUCAUCGGCGGGUAAUUAAAAUUGAUUGAAGUGAGAAUUGUGUGGAGUGUCCUUUCAAUGUAAAGUGCGCGAUUGGUGACAGGAACUCGAGAAAAUUGGGUACGCCGAUUUUGUCACUGAUAAGUGCUGACAGGUGGCGGUGGGCGCGUGGGUGCUUUGGUGAUUUCCGAAGCGAAGGUGUUUCAAAAUGAUGUCGCAACACUUGAACUCGAUGCUCGAGCAUCUGAAAAUGGGUUCACUGAUGAACAAGAGCCGCAGCAAUAGCAGCAAUAAUGCCGGUGGAGUCGAUAACGGUGGCGUCGCGAAUCACAUCGGGAACGGAUUAAAUAAUAACACCAACGGAACGUUAAGCUCAAACAAUAACAACAACGACAGUGUAAAACCUACCGAUAAUACCGGCUUGGCCACUGACGGCCAAACAAUGUACCACGAGCACCGUCCGGACAUGACCAAGACAGUGAUUGGCCCCAAAGCCACUGGCUUUGGACCCGAUCGGGUGGCCAAUAAUCAACAGAACAAAUCAAAUAACACUAUUCUGCAGGAGGGUCCUACCCAUGCAGGCGCCAAGUUCGAUCCUAGUCGCAAACGGUACAGCAUCUCGGUGCACGGUCAGCAUAAUCAUCAUUCUGCCGGUGGAAUGGCCGGUAGUGGAGCUGCGGGGGGAGCUGCGAACAGCACCAACGGCGAUGCUAUCCGACCUGGCGGUUAUCGUGAACUAUCGCCUCAGUCGUUGCGGAUACACCGGAAGUCCUCGCAUGAUAUUCGCGUCCUGGGGACAGACGGAGAAACGUUACACAGCCACGAUGGAAAGUUGCUGUCAGUGGUGAAACCUAUGAAGCUCAAAUCCAUAUGCACCAAAGCCGAAUCGUACGAUACGUUGCACGGCAGAGCUGCUGAUGUGUUACACUGCACUAGAGAAGUUUGUACGGGCAGUGUGAUGCUGCCCAACGUCGUAGGGACGGAACCGAGGAGACCGGAUAUAGUGUUGCAACACGCCAAAGAUUUCCUAGACCAAUACUACGCUUCCAUUAGAAGACUGAAAUCACCCGCCCACGAAGCGCGAUGGCAGCAGGUUCAGAAGGAGAUGGAAUCCAAAGGCUCGUACAAUCUGUCCGAGACCGAGCUGAUCUACGGAGCAAAGCUGGCCUGGCGUAAUUCAUCGCGUUGCAUUGGCCGAAUACAGUGGUCUAAGCUGCAGGUUUUCGACUGUCGGUACGUCACCACAACGAGCGGAAUGUUCGAAGCAAUUUGCAAUCACAUCAAAUACGCCACCAACAAGGGAAACCUGAGAUCGGCAAUAACCAUUUUCCCACAACGAACGGACGGCAAGCACGACUACCGCAUUUGGAACGCUCAACUCAUUGCGUACGCCGGCUACAAGGGCCAAGACGGCAAAAUAGUUGGAGACCCAAUCAAUGUGGAGUUUACCGAUUUCUGCAUCAAACUGGGCUGGAAGAGCAAACGAACCGAAUGGGAUAUUCUGCCGCUGGUGGUGUCAGCGAACGGCCACGAUCCGGACUACUUUGACUAUCCACCGGAGUUGAUUCUGGAGGUUCCAUUUAGCCAUCCCCAGUACAAGUGGUUCGCAGAACUUGAGCUCCGGUGGUACGCUGUGCCGGCCGUUUCAGGAAUGCUGUUCGAUUGCGGUGGAAUCCAAUUUACUGCUACGGCCUUCAGCGGCUGGUACAUGUCGACGGAGAUUGGUUGCCGGGAUUUAUGCGAUGUGAAUCGAAGGAAUUUGCUGGAGCCCAUUGCAGUGAAAAUGGGCCUGGACACUCGGAAUCCCACCUCGCUGUGGAAGGACAAGGCGCUGGUGGAGAUUAACGUUGCAGUUCUGCAUUCGUUCCAGAGCCGCAACAUUACCAUCGUGGACCAUCAUACGGCCAGCGAGAGCUUUAUGAAGCACUACGAAAACGAGACCAAGCUGAGAAACGGUUGCCCAGCGGACUGGAUCUGGAUCGUUCCGCCCAUGUCUUCGUCCAUAACACCGGUGUACCAUCAGGAAAUGGCCCUCUACUAUCUUCGACCGUCAUUUGAGUAUCAGGAUUCGGCAAUCAAAACGCACAUUUGGAAAAAGGGUCGUGAUUCUUCCAAGAACAAAAAGCCUAGGAGAAAAUUCAACUUCAAGCAAAUCGCAAGGGCUGUCAAAUUUACAUCCAAAUUGUUCGGACGCGCGUUAUCACGGCGGAUCAAGGCAACCGUACUGUAUGCAACUGAAACCGGACGCUCGGAGCAGUAUGCAAAGCAGCUAGUGGAACUGCUAGGACAUGCUUUCAACGCACAGAUAUACUGCAUGUCAGAUUACGACAUCUCCUCGAUAGAGCAUGAAGCCCUGCUCCUGGUGGUGGCAUCCACUUUCGGCAACGGAGACCCACCGGAAAACGGCGAGCUAUUCGCCCAGGACUUGUACGCCAUGAAACUUCACGAGGGCGGGAAUCAUCAGGUGCACAACGAGUUGAGUAUCGCCGCUUCGUCGAAAUCGUUCAUUAAAGCUAAUUCGAGAACGGAUAUGAACAAGAAUGUCUCCGACCACCGGAAAAUUGACCGGCUAGAUUCUUUGCGAGGUUCCACGUCGGACACCGUGUCGGAGGAGACAUUCGGUCAACUGUCCAAUGUGCGGUUUGCCGUGUUUGCUCUGGGUUCGUCUGCAUAUCCGAAUUUUUGUGCAUAUGGAAAAUACAUCGACAACAUUCUGGGAGAGCUUGGCGGCGAGCGGUUGAUGAGAAUGGCCACGGGUGAUGAAAUAUGUGGACAGGAACAAGCGUUCCGAAAAUGGGCACCAGAAGUGUUUAAGAUUGCAUGCGAGACGUUUUGUCUGGAUCCGGAGGAAACGCUGGUCGAUGCUAAUUUCGCACUGCAAGGAGAGCUUUCCGAAAACACGGUCCGAUUCGCACCGGUCACCGAACACGAACCGUUGGAUCAGGCCCUGUCCAAGUUUCACAACAAGAAAACGUCCGAAUGUAGCAUGAAACGGAAAGCGAUCAGUUUACACGAGGGAUCACAGGGCAGCGAACGUUCAACCAUCCUUGUUGAAAUAAUUGCCGAGGGGAUGGACUAUGAACCGGGAGACCACGUGGGAAUAUUUCCAGCUAACAGGGCAGACAUCGUGGAGGGCAUUUUGCAACGGCUGUCCGGUGUCACUGAUCCAGAUGAAAUGCUGCAGCUACAAGUUUUGAAAGAGAAACAAACUCAAAAUGGAGUAUACAAAUCUUGGGAGCCACACGAACGUCUACCUGUAUGCUCACUCCGGACGUUGUUGACGCGGUUCUUGGAUAUCACGACGCCACCUUCGAGGCAGCUACUGACCUUCUUAGCUUCAUAUUGUGAAGACAAAAAGGACGAAGAACGACUGCAAAUGUUGGCUAAUGAAUCCUCCGUUUACGAAGACUGGCGAUACUGGAAGCUGCCGCAUCUGUUGGAGGUUCUCAAAGAAUUUCCCUCCUGUAAACCGCCGGCUACCGUUCUGGUGGCGCAACUGAAUGCACUUCAACCCCGGUUCUAUUCCAUUUCAUCUUCGCCCCGAAAGUAUUCCAACGAAAUUCAUCUCACAGUGGCGAUAGUGACCUACAGGGCAGAAGACGGAGAAGGUGCCGAACAUUAUGGCGUUUGCUCCAACUAUCUGGCUAACUUGGAUGAGGCAGACAAGGUGUAUUUGUUUGUCCGGAGUGCAUCGUCUUUCCACAUGUCCAAGGACCCGGAUAGACCGGUGAUUUUAAUUGGCCCCGGUACCGGCAUCGCACCGUUCCGUUCUUUUUGGCAGGAAUGGAGUACGAUAAAGGCGGAACUACCGGAGACCAAGAUUCCUAAAGUAUGGCUCUUUUUCGGGUGCCGAACAAGGAAAGUCGAUCUUUACAACAAUGAAAAGCAAGAAAUGUUACAAACUGGCAUCCUGGAUCGUGUUUUCUUAGCAUUGUCCCGGGAAGAAAAUGUACCUAAGACCUACGUUCAAGAUUUAGCUCUCAAAGAAGCGGAUUCUAUUUUCAAUCUUAUCUGGAAUCAAAAAGCGCACAUUUACGUAUGCGGCGAUGUCACGAUGGCCGAACACGUGUACCAAACGUUGAGAAAGAUUCUUGCCACGAAGCUAACAAAAACUGAAUCUGAGAUGGAAAAAUAUAUGCUCUCAUUACGGGAUGAGAACCGUUACCACGAGGACAUCUUCGGUAUUACCCUGCGAACGGCUGAAGUCCACAACAAAUCGCGUGCGACCGCUCGAAUUCGGAUGGCAUCACAACCUUCCUAGGUUUUUAACCAAGAAAAAACUUCACCAUAAAAAGUCCAAUAAUAGAAAAAAAUUAAAGCACCAAUUUUUAUUAUCUAUACGGUUGCUAAACAUAAUGACUCAUCCUUCAGAUGGCGAGACAGUCAAACAGUUUCCAUGAAAUGACGGUCAGACAUGAAACAGAAGAACAACGUAAUUAUUGUCACUACCAUUUGAUUGCGCGUGUAAGAUUCGAAUGUCAACAUAUUGUAACAUAGCUUUCCUAUAUCAACUAUAAGUGUUCCGUUUUGAAUAUGAGAGUUUAUAAAACACCAAAUCAAGUUCGAUUUAUCGUUGAAAAAAUUUGGUUAGAAUUUCAACAGGCAGUCUUAUUAUGCAUUCCUUUAUGCAGGUACUGAUGAACUGGAAGAAGAUCCAAUAAAUACCUUAAUGAUUUAGCUUUACUCAUUCAAAACACAUAGGAAGCAAGAACGUGCAGUAUAUCAUUAAUUCAUCACAGACACCAUCCCUGUGACAACAAUACUGAAGUUUGUAUCGGUGGCUACUUGCAUUAUUUUGUCCCAAAGCUCAAUUAAUCAUUUUUGUUGUGCAGUUCUUUCUUUAAGUUUAUUUACCUCUUCGUCAAGAAUUGCUCUGGAAUCGAAGCCAAUACUAUGACACAUUUAAAUUACUUCUUCGGUAGGCACAUCCCGAGAGAAAGGUGUCUUCUAGCGCAAACAAUGAAUAAUAAAUUGAUUGUAUUUUCUCCGGAGUAAACGAAAUAGCAUCUGGGCACGCAAUGGUCGGCCUAACUUAAGGUUCUUCAAUGAAAUGUAUUUAAUCUCGGUGAAAUAAUAGACGCCAACGAGAUUUAGUUGGUCAAAAAACCGACAUGAAAUACAGACCAAUAUAAAAUUAGUGAUUUUAUUUUAAUCUGGUGCCAGUAGAAAAUCACACAUUUGGUUGCCUGAAUAAAUCGUAGCAGGCUUGAGUUUGGGAAGUAAAUGCCUGAAAAUCUUAUCGCGAAACUCAAGCUUGCUGCGUUUCAUUCAUGCUGCUCAAUGAGCCGUAGCUUGGUUUUGAGAGAAUUCUGUGUGAACGAAUGUUCAAUUUUUUUCGGGGCAGGCUUUCGAGUAGUAAAACCAAAUACAAAUUAUAAUACGGAUUACUCCGGCAAAUUUUCGAGGACACGUUUUGCGUUAUGCGGUACACUAUCAGGGUGCACUUUCAGAGUGACAAAGAACUUUAGUGAAUUUUCUGGAUAACUGGCAAUGUAAUGUAUUUGGUAAAACUUCCUUAAAAAUCUUCCAAAAAAUAUAUCUCGGCUGGUCCAACUAAUGUGGAGUCUUUGGUAAUGUUGUAGAAGCUAUGUUAAAAAAGUAUAUACUGAUAAAAAUUUGUUUCACUUUUUUCCAAAAUUAGGCCUAAAAAUCAAUUUUCUUAGAGAGGUUUUUUUACAAUUUUUUACAAACUGAUGAAUUUCACUGCACUCUAGCUUAAACAGAGAAUUAGUUAACACAAAAGCUAUAAUUUUUCUAAAAUAUCAUAAGUAGAUUUUGGAAAAUUAUUUCCAAUUGCUCUCAAAGCCAAUUUGAGCUUGUUAAGACGUAGAGCCUUGUUUUGAAUUUAUUUAUUUUUUUUUAUUUAUCUAUUUCUUUCCAUCUGACCUGGAUUGAUCUCAAUGGAGUUUUUGGUGGAGUGGGAAAAGCCCAUUUGAAAUUCAUCAAAUGCGCGUAAAAACCCAUCAUCUUUUUUAACAUUUUACAUAUUUGUUUACAUAGUUACAAUUCAAAAACAUUAGUCUAACGAAUACAAACAUUGUCCAGUGCUAAAAAAUAAUUAAGUUCAACUUAUAUUCUAUCAGAGUCUCUUAAGCCUAUUCUUGAAAACAACACUAGAUACACAAAAGUCAAAAAGGUCGUACACACUAUUGAAAACAUUGCACAUUGCUCUAAUCGGUUCGUUCUGGCCAUAUUCCGUUCUUCGUAAGUCGAGUCGCAAGAAAUUCCGCGCUCUUAGCGUUCUUGGAGGGACAUUAAUACAUAUUUGCGAGAGAAUUUCAGGAGCAUCAAUUUCUCCAUUCAGCAAUUUCGCUAUAAAUACUGCUCUGAGUAUAUUUCGUCGUUUGUCUAGUGUGUCCAUGUUGAGCAAACGACAGCGCUCAAUGUAUGGUGGAAGCUCUGACGGAUUACGCCAUGGCAGAGAUCUGAGAGCAAAUCGCAGGAAUCGUGAUUGUACUGCUUCAAUUCUAUUGAUCCAAACACUGGCGUAAGGACACCAAAUGUGCACUGCGGUUUCAAGGGUAGACCGUACUAACGCGUAAUAUAACCCUCGCAGGCAGUAUGGAUCAGUAAACUCUUUGGCGAUCCUCAUGAUGAAACCUAAGUUUCUAUUUGCCUGAGCAAUUAUAUGCGAGUAGUGAUGUCUGAAGGAGAGCUGAGAAUCAAGAAGCACACCCAAAUCUUUGAAAACAGUUACUCUUUCAAGUGUUUCCCCAGAAAUAGAGUAGUUCCAGACUAUCGGGCUUUUCUUACGUGUGAAAGAAAUCACAGAGCAUUUGGACACACUUAUAGUUAAGAGGUUGAGAUUGCACCAUUCACAAAAAUUGUUUAGGUGCUGCUGAAGUUCCAUGCAAUCAGCUGUCGAUUGCACAACAAGAAACAGUUUCAAAUCGUCCGCAUACAUAAGUCUGCAUCCUGGUGGAAUGACAAAAGAAAUGUCAUUAAAAAAUAAUGAAAACAGCAAUGGUCCGAGAUUGCUUCCUUGAGGAACACCUGAUUCGUUAGCGAAGGUUUGUGACUCGACAUUUCCUAGCUUCACUGAUAAAAUUCGGCCUACGAGAUAUGACUUAAGCCACUGAGAGAAACUAGACGAUGCACCUAGACGCUCCAGUUUCGCAAUCAAGAGCGUAUGAUUUACACGGUCAAACGCUGCUUUCAGGUCGGUAUAUAUUGUAUCUAUCUGUGAUCCAGUUUCAAUGUUCUUAAUACAAAGGGAACAAAAUUGUGUCAAGUUAGUGAUUGUAGAUCUGCCUGGAUAAAAACCAUGCUGAUCAUUAGAGAUAUAUGUCUUUGUUUCACGGAAUAAAACGUUCCCCACUAAAAUCUCCAACAGCUUUGAUCCAGCACAGAGAGAGGUUAUACCUCGGUAAUUUGCAAUAUUUUGUUUAUCUCCUUUUUUGAAGAUCGGGAACAUGUACGAUUUUUUCCAGCAUGCAGGAAACCGUGACUGCGACAUUGAUUGGUUGAAAAUUAAUUUGAGGGGCGCACACAAUGAUCUCGAACAUCUUUUCAAUACUAUAGACGGAAUUCCAUCUGGCCCAGCUGAUGUUGAGGAUUUUAACUUACUUAUUGCCGUCAUAAUAUCCUCAUCAGUAAAUCGAAUGUUUGCAAUAUUUAUCACAUUAUAUGGAACGUUUCGAAGGCAUCGUUCCACCUGAGUUGAAUUAGCCGAGUCUGUAUUGAAUACUCUCGAGAAGUGUUGUGCGAAUAAGUUGCAGGUGCCUCUUAGAGUGUUCGAUGUUUCAUUUUCAAGGAACAUGCUGGAAGGAAGUCCGUUUUCUUUGCGUUUGCCAUUAACAAAAGACCAAAAUUUCUUCGGAUUUCGUUUCAGAUUGGAUUGAGUUUUUUGUACGUGCUUCGAGUAGAGAUAGCGAUUGUACGACCGAUAAUUGUUACUAGCUUGAGCAAAAUCCCUCUUUGUUAUUGGGUUUCGUCGAUUGGAAUAGUGCCGAAGUGCAGCUGCUCGUAACCUUUUAAGCUCACGUAGGUUUCUAUUGCCCCAAGGUGGCUUUGGGCGAGGGCGGGGUGCGGGAACAUGUACUAAGAAAAGGUCCCGCAAAACACAGGAAAAUUUGUCUACAGCUGUAUCCACGUCAGCAACAUUAUCCAGGAGAGAAUCCCAAUCGAUAACACACAGUGCAUUAUUGAGUCCGGAAAAGUCAGUCUUCGAAAAGUUGAACAGCGUAUCUUCAGACACAUCGUCAAACCGCACAAGCCGAGGACAAGUCAAAGUGACAGAAAGCGGAGGAUGAUUUGCGUCAACGGCUACUAAAGGCUCAAUUGCUUCAGUAGUGAUGCAGUUCCUUGAAUUUUCCUCGUUUACGAAAAGCAGGUCUAGCGUACGGUUGCGCAUGUUAGUAACAGUGUUUUUUUGCACCAUGUUCAGUAGCGACAUUCCAUCCAGCAAAGAAACGUUCGGCCUUGUCCAGGUUGAUCCAGAUGGAUCAGGGAUAGCAAAACCGGAAUAAGUUUCCAUCCAAACUAGACCUGGUUGGUUAUAGUCCCCAAACAGUAAAUGCACUGUGCUAGGAUCUAUAGAUUGAGCGAUGUCAAGUGCGGAGUCAAUAUGACUUUGAAUAACUUCAACGUUAUCGGCAGAAUCGGGGGGAAUAUAUACCACACCUACACAUAUGUCAGUAUUAUGGCUGCGAAUGUUUACCCAAAGCUGUUCAAGAGCAUGAUUCAGAACAGAUUUACGUUUGGACGAAAGCCGGUUGGAGACAGCAAUAAGCACACCACCGCCGCGUUUUUUUUCAGCAUUUACUGGAUCCCUAUCGUUACGGUACACCGUGUACAUCGAGCCAAAUAAUUGAAGUGAAUUAAUUUCACUAUUCAGCCACGUUUCAGUUAACACAAUAACAUCAUAUUCCACAUCAGAAGCUGCAGUAAACAAAUCGUCAAUCUUCGUACGUAGCCCUCUAACAUUCUGAUAAUACAAUAAGAUGUUUGAUAAAACUGGCUGAGAGCGCGAACGAGACCGAUUUGUGCUGGAAUCAGGAAGGUAGUGAAUGCUUGAACUGUACAAGGUACUAUUGUACUUGCCGGCAGUGGCUGAUUGGAAGACCUCAUCUCCGCUCUCGCACUCAGGGCCGGGACGGCUGUCGAACGCUGGCUGCAGUGGCACGACUGAGGCGGGGGGGUCAAAUUUGAUCAGUAUCUAACGGGGAAAGCAGAUUUAAAAAAUAACAUGCAAAUGCAAUUAUGUAAUGAAAACCGCGAAAAUGUUACCGCAGAGACAGGACUCGAACCCGUAGCCAGAGAUGGCAUUUCACCAGAGUGAUACACGCUGGAGUCAGAUUCUUGUCCACACCGAGGAUGCAAAAAACAAAGCACCGCACAAAGAGGAAAGCGCACUUCUUCUCAGUGUCGAAUAGACAGCAUUUGAGUGUGUGCUUGUGGUUAAAGCAGCUGGCGCGAGUGAAACACAUUCUCUUCGCAUGAAUCGCUCAUACGCGCUCUCGUCUAAAUACACCCAAGUGACCACUGGCGCGUGAUGGUGAGCGAACACUUCUGUGAACUUCAAUUAAUAGAGAGUAGAUCUGGCCUUGCUAUGAAAAAUUUGCAAUGAAAACCGAAAAUUUUGCGUUCCCCACGCUUCUUCUACGCAAACCAUACACUAGAGUGCUCACCGGCGUGUACACUUCUGUGAAAGUAUCUGCAUCCACCUCAGAGAAUUUAUUAGCUAAUGCUCUAGCACUUUAGUGCGAUUCAGUGGAAGAGGUAAAAGGUAAAACAAACGCACUCAUGAUGCGUGCACACUUUAUACAACAGUGGUGUAUAAAUGUGAAAGAGAAGAGCUCUCGUUGAAGUUCUCAGUGCGAGGGGAGAAAUUUUGCUUGCUCUUCGUCACACAGAGGAGAUAGACAUCUCUGCCCGUAGCUAGCUAUUAACCGGGAAAAUUGUUUUGCCAAUUAAACUACCCUGUAUAUGAAAAAACAAAAAAAGACAAGAUCCAAUUGACUAGAAGAACCAAGUAUUCUUUGCUUAGCUUGGCCGCCACAGCAUUCAAUUACACACGAAUUACACACAAUUACCCAAAAAAUAACACACGCCGCAUCACAAGUCUAUCUUCACUUCUGUUUUACUGUCAGAUGUUGAUUUAAGGUUUUUUUUUAGAGGUAUGUAACCCAUCAAAUCAGCGAGAAAUGGCAAAAAACAUUGGACGAAAAAGUUGACUAAAUGCAACCGUUCUCGAGAUACGUCGGUUUUGAAUAACAUUGCUGAAAAUUCUGAUUUUUCUGUGGACUUCGCAUGCUACUUACUUAGUAUAUAAGUAAAUACACAAAGCAUCCGAAAUCUGAAGAAAAAAUCAGAAUUUUCAGCAAUGUUCUUUAAACAUAUAAUUAAAUAAGAAGCUUUUUUUCUGGAAAAUGUUUAUGUUAAGAAUUUAAACAAUUUUAAACAGUCGCCUUGUUACAGAUUACUUACUGUUUCAUAGUACCUUCAAUAUUUUUAAAGCCAUUGAAGUUCUAAAAUGUUGCCCUCUCUUGAAUAGAUAUUCCGUUUGAAUAUUUUUUCCAUUAGGCUGUUGCUUGGUAUUUUCAUAUUCAUUGUAGUUGUAUUGGAAGAGAAAAAAUAAAGCUAGUUGUUCCUCCUUUCGCAUUUGAGCCCAAUCGAAUAGUUUGUUUGUAUUUUUGAUAUAUUGUGAUUGGAUUGUAGAUAUGUACCGCACAUUGGUGCAUAAUUUAAGAAAUAAUUACCUAAGUUUGAGUGAGACAACUAGUGAACAUUAUUCUUCAAUUGCUCGAAAUUUUAUUUUAGAUCUGAAUAUCAUGUAGCAUUAUCUGGAACCGGUUAUACUUUCCUUUUGCUAAUUUAUAGCCAUUAGUUCGUGAUAUUGUUGUUUUGUCCUUCAUUUUUGCAUUUUAACCCACUAUUUUAUACGAUAAUUUAAAAAAAACUCAUGAGAUUUGAUACAGUUAAUAGUUUUUACACUACCUUUCAUUCUGUCCAACCGAGAGGAAACAUGGUAAGAGGGUUAGGUCUAAAUGGAAAAUGAACUAUAAUGAGCAAUUUUGCCGCAUAUCCAGUGUUUAUAAAAAUAAGAAAGUAAAAAUUACUUAAAAUUGUGACUUAGAUUUUUUUGUUUUUGUUUCAUCUCACGAAGCAUGAAAGUCAAUAGAAGCAACAAAUCAUUUUGUGCUGAAGGUAUACAUAUGUUUGCUUCCUUCCUAACUUGCAUUGUUUCCAUGACAUUUUGCCCGAACUUGUCGAAACUCAAUAGGGUCAAUGGGGUAAUACAAUCGACGAGGGUCAAUAGAACUACACUGUUACCGCCAACUGCUUCACGAUUACUCAUUCGACUUUUUCAAUGGAUCGUAAGGUACAUUGUAUUCUUUGAUCUAGAGAUAAUGAAGAUUAUCAAUUUUGACAAUUUACCAUUUUGCCCCAGUUAACCCUACUCUUUCAGAAAAAUUUGCUUCUAAGUUAAACACACUCGAAAAAAAACAAGCUAACGAUUGUAUUUUACGUUAUUUUAAAUUUGCAGCAAUUCAAAAACGACUCUAUUUAGCAAAGCUUUGUCGUGCCUUUUUGCAUUGAAAGUUUUGCAUACUUCAUCAAAUCUGAUUGAAAAACAUUUGAUAAAAAUAAUUCACUGAUACUCAAAAAUUUACCUUGUAUGAAAAGCGAUACAUUUUUUCCCGAUUUUCUUCUCGGUCUUGACUAACAGCGCAACAAAUUUUCUUGGGUUUUCAGCUAAAACAUUUUAAAAAAUAAAAAAACGAAAAUACAUGUGCUAAGAAAAUUGAGUUCAAAUUCUAAAAUACGCUGUGUUAGAAACAUUGUUAAAGACACUAAAUCAAUCGGAUCCAUCGUUUCUGGAAAAGAUUUUGUUUUAUUUUGAAAAACUUUUUUUUGUUUAGGCUCUUCUAAGACUAGAGUCAAAAUGCUACACCAUUAAGAAUACUAAUGAAAAAUUUAAGACAGAUCGAAAAAUAUUAAAGUUAAAUUUGGAUAAAAUAAUUGUCAUAUCAGAUGGAACCGCUCCGAUAAAAUGUCGUACGAAAUAUUUCGACUUUGAACCGAAUCGUACAAGAUAACAUUUUAUAAUAAGUAAUUUGAUAUAUAAUAACAUGAUUCGGUGAAAUGACCCUUUCGGAAAAAAAACAACUUACAGCAAUUGACCAGUUGAGCUUAGCAGGUGAACUAUCACUUUAGCUUGAAUUGCUUAGCACUGACGAGUCGAAAACGAAACGUAAAGAAUAUUAUUUUUUCGUGAAUACAUUAGGUCUUAUGAACUAUGGUUUUCGGAACACCCUGUAAUGAUGGUGGACCACCAGUAGUUACGCCAAGGCACAUCGUUUAAGUUAUAACUAGGCCACAUUCGACCACAAUAAGAAAGCGGAGUGUCUUUGUUUUCGCCGCGAUUAUUUUAAGUGUCAUUAUUUAAAAGAAUUUGAAUUUAGCUACUAGAGAUGGUCGGAUAAGCAUUUUUUCAAACCUGAAUCCGACCUGUACCCGAUCGAAAAUAAAAAAAAAACUUUUCACCGUACCCGACCUGACCCGAGAUUAAUUUUCCUUCCAAACCCGAACCCGACACGUAUCCGAUAAAAAAUAAAAAUCUGUACCCGUACCCGACCCGAACGCCCAUAUUUUAUCGCUAAUAUUCUUAGCGAUUUCCCUUUUUUAAUACAGUUAGUGAACAAAAUCGAUUUUCGCUUUUCAGUUGUUACCCCUGAGGUGAAAUUCUACUCCUUUCUAAGGAUAUUGUUUAGACCAGACUAGUAAUAAAUUGAAGCUCGGCAGCUGUCAUAAUAAGUCGUAGUCUUUUUUGCACAGAACCUCAAAGGUGUACAUCAAAAAUAUAUUUUUCAAAACUGUCAAAAACGACCACCGAUAGAGGAUGAUGAACGAUUGAGACUGUCACUUUUGUUAACUUUAUUUUUAUUGCUACAGUGGAGAAGAGUGUCGUACAGAAACCGCACGAUUAACUGUCAGGUUUUCAGGCACUGCCUGGUAUUUUUAAUUUGGGAUAAAAAGUUUGGAAAUAAGUGCAUAUCUUCAAUACUGUAAUACGAAAAUCAAGUCGAACUUGCUUGCAAUGAAAUUAAAAAAUACAACAAAACCAAACACAAAACACAAAUAAUCGAAGAGACUUUAAAUCUAGAUGUGAAGAACUAUUUUCGACUAUUUAUACUAGUAGUUGGAAUGGAUAAAUCCUUUUUAAAUAGUUACCUUCUUUCAGCAAUCACAAUUAAAUUCAACCACAUACUAUUCCAUAAGCAUAAUCAAAUGUAAAUAAAAAAAAGUAUUGCUGCAAUAUUACAGAUAUACAAAAGUUCAUCUUAUAUAGCGAAGGAACGCAAACAAAUAAACUUUUAAUCUAUUCUCACAGUU